AUGCUUGCUCUCAGAUCUAUUGCGGCUUUGACGUGGUACAAAAAAGGCAUCGUCCUCGUUGACCGUCUUGUAAGAGAAGCCAAUCACUCCUUGCCAAAGGCAGCACAACAAAAAAAUGUCGAAGACAUUCCUGUCACAGACAGUACUUUCGACGCGUGGACUGGCACGCCGGUCCCUCCAGACCACGAGUUGUCCGGUAUUCAGGAAACGGUCAAGCUUGUGACCCCGCAAGAAUAUCCUGAGGAACCUCCCAUCAUUCCUGCUUGGACCGGCACCAGUGUCAUACCCAACGACAUUGAGUUUGAAGCAACCUCUGAGUCAGCAAAAACCGAAGAUAUCCCCGCGCUGGCACAUUUACAUACACCUAGCUCCCAUCCCGGGCGGAUCCACAUCCUUUUCUCCCAAUCAAACUCUCCUGUCUCACAGCCCCCAACGCAGGCUAACCCUGAGCCGGGUGUCUUUUGGGUGCACAUGUACGGUAAAGCGCAAACGCAAAUCUUCAUGCGCACGCGAGACGAGUGGUGGCUGUUGAUGAGACAGCUGAGUCGCCACCCCUACGCACGCGAGUACGUGCUACUGGUCCUCACGCCGACGGAUAUGCGCUGGGUGACGCGCGAGCAAGUCAAGGCUUUCUAUGAGCAUAUUCGCGAGCGCAGGAGAGUAAGAAAGGAGAAAAGACUGGCAGAGACGAAGGUGCCAUUCCCUACGACUGAGGAUGACGAGUUGCCUGCGUCUUCGGCCUCACUGGAGGUGUGUCAUGUCAGCGAACUGGGAGAGCUUGACGCCCCCUACGCUGGUCAGCUCGCUUUUGCGCGGACGACGUUCGCACCCACCGUCAAGUCCGUCCGCAUCUACAACAAUUGCGCCAUCUGGUGGUACGGCCGUGCCCGCUCCCAGUCCAUUUCUUAG